ACGGAAAGACCUAAUAGCCUUGAGAAAAAUAAAGUAGCCUCAUUCUUCGUAUUAUAGUCAGAUUAAAGUAGUUGAGUCACGUUAAAUCAUGUUGCUCUUUAUCUUCUAUAAACAGUAAAAACAAAAGCUGAUUAGUCUCGUAGGUGAAUAUAUCAGUUUUAAUAUUACAACUUGAAUUUCCAUGUUUUAUCCUAUCUUACAACAACAUUUGCCUGAAUUUCUUCGAGGUAUACUCGUAAGUCCAUCUUACUUAAAGUGAUCCACCACCUACUGUUUAUUAGAACAACUUUUUACUGUGAUAAAUACUUAGGGUCAGUCCUCAAAAGUCUGAUUUAUUCUUAAUCCUAUAAAAUGGACUCUUUCUUACAAAAUUUGGUGAAUGAAUGGCUUGCAAUUGAUCAAAAUGAGACUACACGGAAUGAAGUGAAAGACUUGUUAAAUGCUGGUGAUUAUGUAACUUUGAAGCAAAUUAUGCAACCAAGAAUUGGAUUUGGUACUUCUGGUUUACGAGCGGAAAUUGGGGCAGGAUUUGCUCGUAUGAACAGUUUAACCGUCAUACAAGCUUCACAAGGAUUUGCUGAAUAUUUAAUUCAGACAGUACCUGGAUCCCAGGAAAUGGGCGUCGUUGUAGGUCAUGAUCAUCGACAUAACUCGCAACAAUUUGCUCGUUUAACUGCUGCUGCUUUUUUGAAUAAAGGUUUCAAAGUGUAUGCUUAUGGAUUUCUUAUUCAUACACCACUUGUUCCAUUUACUGUUAAAAAUCUGAAAGCUGCUGCUGGUGUUAUGAUUACUGCUUCACAUAACCCAGCUGCUUACAAUGGUUACAAAGUUUAUUGGAGUAAUGGAUCCGCGAUUAUCCCUCCUCAUGAUAAAGGAAUAGCUACUUGUAUAGACAAGAAUUUGAAGCCAUUAGUCUGGGACGAGAACCUUGUCCAUCAUCAUAUGCUGGCGAAUCGUACUUUUUCGACAGACGUACUAAAACAAUACUGGUCUCAGCUUCAUGAGUUUCACAGUGAGAAUACCUUUUCCUUGGAUAUGAAGCCAUUGAAGUUUGUCUAUACUCCUAUUCAUGGAGUUGGUCUUCCUUUCGUUACGUCUGCGUUGGCUCUAUUUGGUGAAAAAGCUGACAUGAUUUCCGUUCCUCUUCAGGAUUCACCAAAUCCUGAUUUUCCAACCGUCAAAUUCCCCAAUCCAGAAGAAGAAGGAGCACUGGAUCUUGCAUAUAAACAAGCGGAUGCUCAUGACGUUUCUUACGUCUUAGCAACCGAUCCUGAUGCUGACCGCUUUGCAUUCGCCGAGAAGAUAAACAACGAGUGGAGAUGUUUUACUGGUGAUGAAGUUGGCUGUAUUCUUGCUUACUUCAUAUUUCAAGAAUACAAGAAUGCAGGCAAACCUGUAGAUGAUUUUUAUGUGCUAUCUACCACCGUUUCCAGCGCUCUAAUGAAGUCAAUGGCAAAAGUCGAAGGGUUUCAUCACGUUGAAACACUAACAGGUUUUAAAUGGCUCGGUAACGCCGCUGCUGAAUUAGAAGACCAAGGUAAAUUCGUGGGAUUAGCUUACGAAGAAGCCCUUGGCUAUAUGGUGGGUGGCAUUGUAAAAGAUAAAGACGGCGUGAAUGCUUUAUUAACUUUUUUGCAUCUUCUUAAACGUCUAAAGCUUCAACAACUUUCCGUUACUCAGGUUUUUGAUGAGAUCUCUCAAAAGUACGGUUACUACGUAACUCAAAAUUCUUACUUCUUCUCUCGUGACAAUUCGAAACUUCGAGGUUUGGUGGAUGCCCUUCGUAAGAGUAAUACGGAAAAUGGAUACCCAACAAAGUUAGGGAGCCGAAACAUAACUAGUGUUCGUGAUUUGACUGCUAAUUAUGAUUCCACAACAACAGAUAAGAAAGCUAAGUUGCCGGUUUCGAAGAGCUCAGAUAAUGUAACAUUUGAGCUUGAGAAUGGCCAAGUCAUCAUGACCAUUCGUACUAGUGGUACUGAGCCUAAACUUAAGUACUAUAUAUGUGCAAGAGGUAGUACAUCAGAAGAGGCCCAGCAGAAUGCUAGAGAGGUUUGUGCGGACAUUAAAGAUGAAUGGUUUAAGCCCAUGCAGAAUGGUUUGAGCAUGCCUUAAUGAUUGUAUGGACUUAUUCUUUUCAUGCUAAAAAGCGAUUGUUGUUAAAUAUAUAUCCUUGAUGCAAUUCUUUAUAUUCGAAAAAAAAAAUUAACGCUAAUGUACUUCUAAAUUAUAGAAGCGAUUCAAUGAGAUUAACCAAAUUUGACACAAUUUAAACUAACUGAACGAAAUGACAGUGAAGACAUUUCAAUUAGAGAAGCAUAGCCAAAUUCAUAUCCAACGGAUGACUACAACAUAACUGGGGAAGUUGUGAGUAUUUACUUUGUAGGACAUGUCGGAUGCCUUGAAGCAAUUGUAUAUAGGAAGGCUGAGGAUUUUGAGAUAAAACCUCACGAAAAGCAUACGAAAGUGCACCCGUUGCAAAUCCGUUAACGUUUGUAUCAGCACUUGUUUGAUUAUCUUUACAACCGGAGAUAGAAAUAACAUCAGCUGGUGAAAACUUGUAUUGUCUGGAAUAUUGAAGAGCAUUAUUAUGGAAUCCACCAGAGGCGCUUUGAACAAUGUUUUUCACAUUGCUGAAAAUACCUCCAAUAUCACCAGCCAUAUACGACAUACCAGCAUGUAGAACAUUCAUACCUGAUUCCUUAAGCAUAUUCGGUUCUUUAAGUACACCUUUAGUAGAGUAGGUAAAAGGAAGGUCAAGAGCACCUCCAGAAUGACAGGCUAAAGAUUGUUAGUCCAGUGUAAUUGUUAUGGUGAUCAACAUACAGUCAAAAAUGGCCGUCAAGCGACAUCCAGGAGGUAAAGGUCGGACCAUAAUGUCAUGCAUCUCAUCAUCGA